AUGAUUUCUCCAACCCAUAGACCUGGACCUAACAGCCCGUUAUCUUGGAUGGAGUCCUGUGUUUUGGCCCUCGUCUAUGAUGAUAACCCAGAGGUCAGACAGAAAAUUCUCCUAGGGUUAAACUUUUAUGGCAAUGAAUACUCGGUUGGAAGGAGAGGUCCUAUGGUAGGCAGUCAAAUUUACAGAGCAAAGUGGCAUUUUUACCCAACAUUACUUUCUCUACAAAAACGAAUAGAUCUGGCUCAACGACUAGGCACGGGAAUCUCUAUCUGGGAAAUAGGUCAAGGAUUGGACUACUUUUAA